AUGGAAGAAAUCCAAGUUGAACACAUCAUCAUGGCAAGAAGACCAAAACAAAUACCUCCUCCUAGGGUGGUGGAGGAACGACAAGAAGAAGAGGAGGAAGAGGAAGAGGAAGAAGAUGUUGAAGAGGAAAUUGAAACAGAUGACGAAGAGGAAGAAGAGGAUGAGGAGAUAACAAGCUCAUUUGAAGAGAAUAGUGAACAAGAUAAUGACGAUGAAUCAUCUACAGAAGAGGAUUAUGACCAUCGACAUGCAUCUAUCUUACAACAACAACAACAACACGAUCAUACUACAAGUAGUAGUAGUAAUAGUCAUAUAGCACCACGUAAAAGAAGAGGAAUCAAUCAUACAACUGAAGAAGAUCAUGAAUAUGAUUAUGAUCAUGGUGAUGAAUAUAUAGAUGGUGAAGACGAAGAAGAUAAUGACAAUAAUAAUGAUAAUGGUAUUGUUGAUGUUAAAGAAGUCAAUCAAUUAGUUAAAAAGACACUAAAACUACAAAAGAAUAUAAUCAGUCAUUUGGAUACCUAUGACAAACUACGAAAACAACAUUUGGAAGAAGAUGGACAUCAUUAUGCAACAACUUCAACCUCUUCUCCAACAACAAACCAAACCAAAACAACUAGUAUUGAAUCAUCGUCACGCGACUCAAUGGGUGAUGCCAUUCCCUAUGCAAUCGGAUUAUCAAUAUUCUUUUCAAUCAUCAUUUAUUCAUGUGGUGAUCUCUUCAUUGCGGCAUUUAUUGGUCAAUAA